AUGUCGCUCUAUCCAUUCUUCGCACCACGACCAGCCUUCUCGCCAUUCCGCGAACUCAUGCGAGAAGUGUCGGAUCUCGAACGCCAAAUCGAGCCGCUCUUCAAUGAGAUGACUCAAAACGAGGUGCUCAGGUGUGACAACGAAAAGUUCUUCAUGGAUUUGUCAGUGUCCGACUACAAACCCGAAGAGCUUAAAAUCGAUCUUGAUGGCCGCAAAUUGAAGAUCGAAGGAAAUCAGAAGGUUGAAAAUGAGCAUGGAUUUUCAAAGAGGUCAUUCUCGAGAAUCGUGCUCCUUCCGAAGGACGCUGACCUCAAGGCGAUCAAGUCGAAUCUCACCGAAGACGGCCAUCUGACCAUCGAGGCGCCGAGAGUUCCACAGGAGAAUGCGCGAAGUAUUCCGAUCAACGUGAAUCCGGCGAUCAAGGACAAACAAAAAUAA